AUGAUUCUACUAGACACUAAUUGGGCCCUACCCAAAACAGACUCCCCGAUAGAUCCUAAGUACCCCUUCCUCUUUAUGUGGAAUGCUCCUACAGAACUCUGCAAGACCAGAUUUGGCUUGGGUCUGGACCUCUCCCACUUCCAGAUAGUGAGCAGCACUUUGAAAUCUGCCACCAACCAAAGAAUAUCAAUUUUCUACACCGACCGCUUUGGCCUCUUCCCCUAUGUGAAUGAGGACACAGGAGAAAUGUAUGAUGAAGGACUCCCACAGCUGAUGGAUUUCCAGAAACACAGUGAGCUGGCUAAAGACGACGUUGAAUACUACAUCCCCAUGGACCAACCAGGUCUCGCCAUCCUUGAUUUGGAGGAAUGGCGACCACAGUGGGUCAGAAACUGGGGUAGGAAGGACAUCUAUCGAGAUCUCUCAAUUGAGACAGUUAAAACCAAGAACUCAAAUUUAUCUGAUGAUGAAGCAAAAGACAGGGCUAAAAUAAUGUUUGAGGGUGCAGCAAAGCAAUAUUUUCUACAAUCAAUCUUGAUUGGAAAGUCUCUUCGUCCUAAUAGGCUUUGGGGAUUCUACCUGUACCCUGACUGUUAUAACUACGACUACAACCAGGAUAUCAAUUCUUAUUCUGGGAGUUGUCCUAAGAUUGAGCAAGAGAGGAAUGAUGAGUUGUUGUGGCUAUGGAAGGAGUCCACUGCACUCUUCCCAUCGAUUUACCUGGAGUUGAUACUGAAAGAUUCCUACCAAGCCCGCUUGUAUGUCCGCCACCGCAUUCAGGAAGCUAUGAGGGUAUCCAUGCUUCCCAUCCAAAGUUAUGCCAUUCCAAUUUACGCCUACAUCCGUCCAGUCUUCAAAGAUAGUGGUGAUGACUACAUGUCAGAGUAUGACCUUGUGAACACCAUUGGUGAGGCUGCUGCCCUGGGAGCAGCUGGGAUCAUUUCCUGGGGAGACAUGGAUGUCACAGACUCAGAGGACACAUGCUCUGCUGCCAGACAUCACCUGGAGAAGAUCAUGAAUCCAUAUAUCUUGAAUGUUUCCACGGCAACACAGCUUUGCAGCAAGGCUUUAUGUAAGGCGAAUGGCCGCUGCAUAAGAAAACACUGGGACAGAAAUGACUACCUACACCUCAACCCAUACACCUUCCAGAUCAAGAGAUACAGAACAGGAGAACUGUCAGUGAAGGGUGAAAUGUCCCAAUAUGAGAUUGAAUGGUUUGCUGAGAGAUUUGACUGUUUGUGCUUCUCCAAAGAACCAUGUCAGUCCCCCUAUACACUUAACUCCUUCGCCAACUUUGUCCAGAGCAAUGGAACUACCAAAUACCUCCAGCCACUUCUAAUUGUGGCUUCUAUCAUCAGUAUUAAUAUCUUAAGAAUGCAGGAUUAUAUGCGAGGAGGCUGGUGA